UAAUUAUUCCCCCGUAGUGCGACCUUGGCGUACUGCAGUACUGAUUUCGACUUCAAACAUUCGAUGCAAACAUGCUUUGGUUGGUAAUAUUACUACCUGUGCUAGCUGCAGUCUAUUGGUACGGCGUUAGCAGAUAUUCUAUUCUCGCUAACGAACCUUUGAAAGGACCCAAUCCAUGGCCGUACAUCGGUAAUUUAUUAGAUGUCAAAAAACAUGGUGGCAUGCACAAAAUGCUCAUGCAUUACUUCAAAGCGUAUGGCCGAGUUCACAAAAUGUUUAUUGGUAGAGCAGCGGCUAUCGUCGUCAGCGAUCCUGAGAUAGUCAAGCAAAUUGUGAUAAAGGAGUUCCACAAAUUUCCAAACAGGCCCCUUUUUAUCAAGCCAAACCCGCCAAUGGACUCGGGGAUGUUUUUAGGGCAAGGCGCUUUGUGGAAACGCAUCCGAACGACCCUGACACCUACCUUCAGCACUGCUAAACUCAAGCAGAUCGUACCGAUAAUUGAUAAAGCUACAGCCACAUUGCAGUCGAAAAUGGCCUCUUUCGCCGCAACAGGUGAAAGCACCGACUGUGUAAACCUGUUUAGCCUGUUCGCUCUUGACGUCAUCACCAUCUCAGCGUUUGGCGUCGAAACAGACAUCCAGACCGAUCCGGACAGCUCCUUCUACAAACUGGCCAAAAAAGCCUUUCGAACGCCCAUCUGGGUCAGGGCUUUCAGUAUGUUCCCCUUCUCUGAGUAUCUCAGCAAAUACGUGGACGUUCUACCGAAUAUCGACUACUUUCUCAAAAUUGCCCUGUCUAUGGUGGAACAGAGGAAAAAGCAUGGAUCUCAGGGAAGAAAGGACCUGGUGACGCUAAUGCUUGAAGCCCGUGAAGAUACUGUGGAUGGAGUACCAAGGCUAAACGAUCAAGAACUUGCAGCACAAUCCUUGACGUUUCUUCUAGCGGGUUUCGAAACCACAGCUAAUACUCUCGCGAAUACUGCAUACCUCCUCGCUAGACACCCAGACGUGCAAGAUAAACUAAUACAAGAAAUAGAUCUCGCCGGGAGCAACAGGGGGAACUCGCCGUUGUAUGAGUACUCCCAAAAGAUCGAUUACCUCGAUCGGGUAAUCAACGAAAGCCUGCGUCUGUACCCCCCCGGUUAUCUUAUCAUAAGGCGAUGCGACGAGGAAUGCACCAUUCAGGGGGUGCACUUCCCUAGAGGUGUUGACGUCAAUAUACCGGUUUACAUCCUUCAUCGCGACCCUGCAGUCUGGGAGAGACCCGACGAUUUUGACCCCGAGCACUUUUCGCACGAAGCUAACGAGAAGCGUCACCCCUACUCGUUCAUUCCAUUUGGUAUGGGCCCGCGCCAGUGCAUCGGAAUGAGGUUUGCGUUGAUGGAGAUCAAGAUAGCUCUGGUGAAUAUUCUGGAGAAGUAUAAGUUCUGCUCAUCUGAAGAAACCCAAGACCUUUUGGAACAUAGGGCAGUUAUACUCAUGGCGCCGCGAGAUCCCAUCAAGCUAAAGGUUGCCAGGCGAUAAUCCCCCCUCUUUUCUCGCGCUUGUUUUCGUGCUAUUCUCUUUUCACGAUAUACGGGUGUCCAGGUCCCGAAUGUAUACACCUAUUUAAAUAAAUCUUGUCAGAGCAAAUGGCAAAUGGUAAUUCUAAGACCAAUUAAUGCUCGUGGGUAUAAUCAUUUUUAAGAAUAAAGAUUAUAAGUAAUGCAAUCGCAGAAGUUAUUCACAUUUUUCACGAGUUCCAUGGAAUUGUUUGAGAAAAGAACUGCCAUUUGACAAUUGGAGUAAGUACGCAGCUGCUUUGUCUCCUAUUAUCUUUGUUCUACAAAGGGGUUCUUUUGUCUCUAUUCUUCUCGUUCUUUGUUUCGAGGUGCGGAUAUUGUUAAUUUAACCAAUCAAAUUGCAGCUUGUAAGAGCUGCGUACUGACCCGACAAUUGCCAUUUGCACUGACAACUUUUUUUAGGUGUAGUGUAUGUGAAAUAAUAAUAAUAUAGCAUACUGUAGUUUUCGGUUCAAUCCAGUGGUAAACUGAGGUAACAAAAUACCACACUCCUCUCUCGGACAGAGAAACAAUCCCAAGGGGCGGAUCCAGGCCAGAUCCAGUUGGCCCGCUCGGCCAACCCCUAAAUCCGCCCCUUAUCCCAGCCUUAUCUAGAGCAGGGUUGUAUGUAAUGCCAGUCGAGGCGAUGGAAAUUGUCCUCUUGUGGACACUUUCAAAGACGACAAUAGCUAGUGGAAUUGGACCAACUAGUCCAAUUGUGAAACUUUAACAAUAAGCAAUUUGUAGGGUAUCUAGCCCCAUUUGACUACAUUUUUAUGAAACUGUACGAGGUGUACGUAAGCAUAGAAAGAACUGUAGUCUCAUCUCUUGUCAGUAUUCCAUUCUUUGUUUGAUUUACGUGAAUGCAAUUACAAGAAAUAGCGGAUGUUUUAAUUGCUUUUCUAGAAACGUAGAAUAAGACAACAAACACAAAUAAUCUCAAUAUAUGUAUAAACAAAAAAUAAAAUAAAAAACCCUGCUUAGAUGA